AUGCCAGCGCUGCAUCUCCACCACCCUCCUGAACUCUCCCUCCCUCUCCUCCGUCUCUGGGAAGCACGGCGACGCGCAGAGGAAGCUCGGUUGCCGUUGGGACGAUGGAGUCUCUCCCUCGGUCUCUUCGUCUCUAUCUCUGCCUCGAAUGCUCAUGAAGUGCAUUGUUCCAGAGAAAGAAGCAGGGCAGCUUGGCAAAUUAUUGAGAAGUAUUUGAUGCCAUUUGUGGAACACGAGCACUAUGAGAUUCCAAGUAACUGUCGACUUCAUCCCGACAAUGAUCUAUUUAGAGAUCAGGAAGAGCACAAGAUUCAUUUGGAUAUAAACGAAUGGCAGUGCGGAUACUGUAAGAAAAGCUUCCGUGCUGAAAUGUUUCUUGAUCAACAUUUUGACAACAGACACUACAACAUUCUGAAUGUAAGUAGCAGCAAGUGCUUAGCUGAUUUAUGCGGAGCUUUGCAUUGCGAUGCUGUGAUGAAUACCAAGUCGAGCAAAACCAAAUGCAAUCCUGCAUCUGUUGCAUGGAAUCACCACCUAUGUGAGGGUCUUGCCAAUAGAUGUUUCCCGAUUAAUCAAAGUCCUUCAGCACGCCGUCUUAAUGAGUUUUUCUUGCACCAAUUUUGUCACGCUCAUACUUGCUCGGGGAAACGGAAACUUUUUCCCAGAGGAGGAGAGAAACAUAUAAGUGUAUUCUACCUGGCUAUCUCCAUACUGACUUUGAUGCUGCUCCCUAUUUUCUAUCUGAUGGUGUAUUUGCACCAAAGGAAAGGAACCCAAGAGCUUAGGCGCAUCUCAAAAGUUGGGCAGAAAACAAAACCCUCGUAGU